GCUAAUAAGAAAGCUAGUUUAGCGAAAGCAGAGGAAGAACAGAACAGAACGGAGAAGAUGAGCUUGAAGGUGAAUUGUGGCGACACUCACAACGUCUUCGUCUAUGGUAGCCUCUUAGCCGACGAGGUUGUCCACGUCCUCUUGAAGCGCGUCCCUUCAACCGCACCCGCUACCCUUCAACACUAUCACAGGUUUAAGAUCAAGGAUCGCGUUUAUCCCACUAUACUCCCUGUUCAGAAUAAGAAAGUUACUGGCAGGGUGCUUCUUGAUAUCUCGGGUGUGGAGUUGGAUAUUUUAGAUGAGUUCGAGGAUGUUGAAUAUACAAGAAGAGAUGUUGAGGUUUCCUUGAUGCAAAAUUCUGAGAAGUUGCGAGUUCAUGCUUAUGUUUGGAGCAACCCAAAUGAUCCUAACUUGUAUGGAGAGUGGGAUUUUGAGGAAUGGAAACAAGUUCACAAGAAUGAUUUCGUCCAGAUGACUAAUAGCUUCGUGCAAGAGUUGGAAUUGCCAGAAUCAAAGCCUAGAGUGCAGACUUAUGAAGCCUUCUAUAAGCAAGAAAACGAUAAGCCACUUGAGCCUUGAUGUUUACAGUUUGCACAAAAUUCUGCGUAAUGCGCACUGUGUAGUGUUCUAUGGCUCAAUUAAGAAUCUUACUAUUCACGGUUAAUAAUUAUUAGUUCCUUUUCGAAUCAUUCGUUUGAUGAUUUAAUAACCAUGCUGUCUUUUCAAUGGUUU